AUGAUCCGGAUGCUGAGCGGCACGUCUCUUGCCGCUGUCCUCGCAGCGCAGCCCAAGCUCCUGAACAGCGUGACAGCCAGACACCUCCACGGUUCGUAUGACGUGGCCGUGGUGGGAGCCGGCAUCGUGGGCCUGGCCACUGCCCGAGAGCUCAUCCUGCGACACCCGAGCCUCAGCUUUGUCCUGCUGGAGAAGGAAAAAGAGCUUUCGGCGCACCAGAGUGGGCACAACAGUGGCGUCAUUCACAGCGGGAUCUACUACACCCCGGGCUCGCUGAAGGCCCGGCUGUGUGUGCGCGGAGCCACCUUAGCCUACGAGUACUGUGAGAAGAAAGGACUCCCAUACAAGAGAUGUGGAAAGCUUAUUGUUGCUUUAGAACAAGAGGAGGUUCCCAGACUGAAGGCUCUGUACGAGCGCGGCCUGCAGAACAAAGUGCGUGACCUCAGCAUCGUCGACGCCAAGGGGAUCCGAGAACGAGAGCCGUACUGCAGGGGUAUAAUGGCCUUGGAUUCACCCUACACUGGCAUUGUGGACUGGAGGCUGGUCGCUCUCACGUACGGCAAAGACUUUGAAGAGGCAGGCGGGACCGUGGUGACUGAAUAUGAGGUUGAUGACAUCGCCGUGGCCAAGGAAAGCCCAGCUGGUAGCUCCGAAGGACUGAAAUAUCCAAUAGCAAUCAGAGACACAAAGGGUAACGAGGUGAGGUGCCGCUACGUCCUGACCUGCGGGGGCCUGUAUUCAGACCGCCUGUCCCAGAUAUCCGGAUGCAGUCCGGAGCCACGGAUCGUCCCCUUCAGAGGCGACUAUCUGGUGCUGAAGCCAGAGAAACACUAUCUGGUCAAGGGCAAUAUCUACCCUGUGCCCGACCCUCGUUUCCCCUUCCUCGGAGUCCACUUCACUCCACGGAUGGACGGCAGCGUUUGGCUCGGCCCCAACGCCGUCUUAGCCUUCAAAAGGGAGGGCUACAAAGUUUAUGACUUUAACCUCCGAGAUUUUGCAGAUGCGCUCUCAUUCAGGGGCCUGCAGAGGCUGGUGAUGAAGAACAUAUCGUACGGAAUUGGAGAGAUGUACAGAGGCAUUUACAUCAACGCACAAGUUAAAAUCCUGCAGAAGUACAUCCCUGAACUCUCUUUGAGUGAUGUGCUCAGGGGCCCUGCAGGAGUCCGAGCUCAGGCCCUGGACCGGGAUGGAAACCUGGUGGACGACUUUGUGUUUGAUGGUGGCGUCGGGGAUGUGGGCAGCCGCGUGCUGCAUGUGCGCAACGCUCCCUCGCCCGCGGCCACCUCCUCGCUCGCCAUCGCCGAGAUGAUCGCAGACGAGGUGGAGAGCCGCUUCACGCUGUAGAGAGAGAGAGAGAGAGAGAGAGGAAACCAGAACACCACAUGUGCCAGCUUGAGUGAAGCGCCACAGCUGUUUUUUACUGUCACUACCUCAGCAUCACUGUCAUUACAGAGCGCACAAACGUCAUGUUUAAAUAAAGGUCAAGCCUUCAUUUAGGAGGAUAAAGUAAUAUCUUUUACAAUUACUGCUGUGAGGUAGUUUUAGUCAAGUUGUUCCAUUUUUAGUUACUUCAUGUUUUUACUCCAUAAAUCUACAUUUUUCUACACUACAUGUAAAAGUAAGAGCGGUUACGAGUUACUCUUAGUGAGAAGAUGUUUUCAGCUUUAAUAAUGAAAUCGCCAAUAUGACCAAUCCAAAUUAAAGUACAGCCAUCACUGACCCCUUCAGCCUAGAGCAGCGUGUCAAAAAUAACACGUCUGACCUGUGAAGGACUAAGAAUAUAUCGAAUGUGUACUUUUAUUUUUGAUACAUGAGAACUUAGACAUUUUAAUUGGGGAACUUUUAACAGAGGAUCAUUUUAUCAGGAUAUUUUUGCUUUCACUUUAUGAAUUUAUGUGUUUAUUCCACUUGUGACUGUAUGAAACUGGACAGUGAAAUGCCCCUGAGCUAUAAGAUUGAUGUCUGCUUUAUUAUUGAUUAUUUUUAUGGAUUAUGCCAGUUUGUGGAAAUAUACACAUUACAGUUAUGGGCAUUUGUCAGAUUUUUCUGAUGAUGCUGAUAAUAACAAUUUCACCAUGAAAUACAUUUUGAAAGAAUCUCAAGACUAAAUAUUCUAGUCUUUAUGAUUUGACAUUUAUUUUUAAGGUUAACUGAGUAAACUGUUCCCUUUUAAAAUGACUUGUGUGUGUUUGUGUGUGUGUGUGUGUGUGUGUGUGUGUGUGAAUGGGUGGGAGGGUCAAUGUCAUGUAAUUCUUUUGGAAUCUGCUUUCUGCUGAAUAAUCUUUCAAAUGAAAUGCACAGACAGACAUUGUCAGCUAAUUUUCCUGCACAGUUAGUGUCUCUUACUGUCAUGUUUUCUUCGGCAGCAUCAUUGUCUGACAGAUGAAUGUUCAGGGGCGGUUUUUCCCAUUAAUACAUGUUUUUUUGAAUAACAAAUAUACUUAUGUUUGGUCUUCAUGCUAUGCGAUUUUUUUUUAUUAUUAUUAUUUCAUUUUUUCCAUGUUUAAGUCCCACUGCUUCUGUGGGUAAACCAUAGCACUUACACAUAAUGUCCACAAGGGGGCAGACCCACAGAAACAGAUGUGCGCACAAAAUAAUCCAAAAUUUGAUGCCAUCAGUUAAACCACGUCUGUCUAAUGUUUCUACAGUGAUUGCUUGUGUAUAUGGCAUGAAAAUAAAAAAAGCCUUUUGCAUUAA